AUGCUUCCUUUUUCGUCACUCGUUAUCACUGCACUGCUAGGCGCCAUAACUAGCAAUGCUGCGCCACUUAUUCAGGAGCGAGCGACAGGAAUCGCUGCAGACCUUCUGAGCAGCUUCAAAUUGAUGGAGCAGUAUGCUUCUGCGGCAUAUUGCUCAAACAACUAUGACUCUACUGGUGAUCAGAUUGAAUGCUCGACGGGAAAUUGCCCGCUUGUGCAAGACGCAGACUCCACUACUGUCAUUGAGUACAGUCGACAGGAGACCUCGACUGAUGUUACCGGCUUUGUCGCUGUCGACCAUACCAACAAACUUAUAGUCGUCGCCUUCCGCGGCAGUCAAACCAUCGAUGCCUGGCGCACAAAUCUCGACUUUGGCACCACCAAAACGGAUAUCUGUCCUGGUUGCACUGCUCAUAGUGGUUUCUGGCAGUCUUGGACGGAUGCGCGCGACAAUGUAUUACCCGCUGUGAAGCAAACGUCUGCUGCAUUUCCCAGCUACAAGAUCGCUGUAACAGGGCACUCGCUAGGCGGCGCUGUCGCUACACUAGCAGCCGCAAGCAUGCGCAACGCCGGCUACUCCGUGGCAUUAUACAACUUCGGAUCACCGAGGAUAGGAGGUACCAAAACCAGCUCUUAUAUCACGAAUCAAGCUGGUGGUAACUAUCGGGUCACACAUUGGAACGACCCUGUUCCUAAGCUGCCCCUGUUGACGAUGGGAUAUGUUCACAUCAGUCCUGAGUAUUAUAUCAACAAGCCGAACAAGCAAGAGGUGUCGGCUAGCGAUAUUAAAAUUUACGAUGGCGCUGCAAACUUGAGAGGAAACAUGGCGUGGCUUAUUGUGGAUAUUGAAGCUCAUCGUUGGUAUUUUGGAAGUGUAUACACCUGCGGUGCUAAGAAGUCGAAGCGUGGGACUCUGGAGAUGAGGGGUGUUGAGGGAAACAUGGAAGUUGUCACCACAUUCUGA